GUAGACUGAUUAGACGAACUUCAUCAAAUUUCUUCGACCGGACAGUCAUUCAACACUGACACAUAUAUCUCCAAGGUAACGAUUGCUCAAUUGAAAACCUACCUAACAGGGGCUACCAUUUGAAAUUAUUGUGUAGUAGCAGCGCAUGAUGAAACAUGACUUGACGGGGAGGGGGCAGGAUAUGGUACCAAUCAUGCUGGUGGCUAUAAAGUUGGCUUAGCAGACGCAGUAGCACUCUGUCUGCAGGUAGGUGGUUGGCAACUUGGCAAGUGGUUUAAUUUUCAAUUGUAAUGUUACCUCUGUGAAAGAGUGAGCCUUUCGCCUUAUUCUCUAUUCAACUUAUGUCCUAAGUUCUUGUUUAAUCCAUCAGUUUCGAUCUUCUUUAUCUCCGUUCUACAGGCCAAAAUCUUGCAAAUGUCAUUCGGGUUUUCAGUCGGUGACUUCCUUGCGGUGAGCAAGCUAGCGAAAGAUAUUAUCUCCUCGCUCAAAGACUCCGGAGGUUCUCGCACCGACUACCAGAAUCUCGCCCGCGAACUUGAAUGCCUCCAAGCUGCGCUUAUUCAUCUCGAUAGGUUGACAGCGACAAGGACCCCCCAAGACUUAGCCGCGAUAAAAUACGCCGCUUUAAGCUGCCGUCGCCCACUUGAAGAGUUUCUAGUAAGAAUACGCAAAUAUGAUAGGUCUCUCGGGAUACAGUCUAGACCGAAUCCAGUUAAAGGAGUCAUUGACAAAAUCACAUUUCCACUCACUUCCAGAGAUGAGGUACAAAAGUUGCAGGCUUAUUUGAGUGUCCACAUCGGCACGAUUAACAUUCUGCUUGCUGAAUAUGGGCUUGAAAGUAUGCAGUUGGCGACAGAGACGACUGAGUCGAGCCAGAUCAAAAUGAAGACGUGGCUUGAGAACACGGAUAGCCUGCUGAGCGGCAUGCAGACAAGCGUUGUCUCAAAGAUGAAUGCGGUUCUUGAGAAUAUUACCUCCCUAGAGAAGGUAUAUAGAAUAUUAAGCGGGGAGCUGAAAGCGUCUCUGCAAUUAUUCCAGGACGCGGUGGCCAAUGUCUGCGUGUCAACCCAGCAAAUAUAUGCCGUCAUUCUCGAAAUCCAAGCUUCCAUUACUGCCACCCCAGACAUUAGGUGGACAUUCUUCCAGGAACCGCUCAUAGUUGAGGACGCUUUAGGUAGAAAGUUUCCUGUCCCAUCCGAGUACGACUAUUCGCUUCUUAACGCCGUCAUAAAGCACAAGUUCCGGGACGGCCCCGGAGCAGCGCAAGUGGCUGCAGGUGACUAUGAGAUUAUGUAUGCAAGAAAUCGACACCAUAUUCUUUCGAAUAACUCCAGGCUGAGGCCAGGAUGUUCGAUAACAAUGGCUAUCCUUGUCGGCAAGCCCCAUUCGGCUGCGCUCAACUGUGAGUGCUGUCCGAUGCCCCAGUGCCAUUCAAACAAUACCAUAGCCGUCCCGGGUGGCGGAAGACAAUGUCUUCAUUGUGCUGUUUGGUUCGACCAAUCUAAGAAAAAGCUCAGCUUGCUCCAGGGGGUUUGGGUUGUUCAUGAGACAUUAUUGACAGUAGACCAAUCCAAUUCCAACACAGAUUGGGAGGAGAUUGGCGCGCGGGAUUACACGGAAGCAGUUGAGGAUGAUUCAAGCAUCAGUCUUUUCAAAAACGUGAAACUAGCUGACCGCAAGCAAGUGAAGAAAAACGCGAAGCCAACCCAUUGCGAGGCAACUGAUGAAAACUUGACACUAAUCGAUCGCAAGAUAGCCAAGAGCCACGUGGAAAUAACUGACCUCGAGGCAGUAGCGGACCGCGAAGCAACUAGACAAGAAACGAAACUAUCUGAGCUCGAGGCAACUAGAAUAUGGCGAUGGCUAAACAGUCAAACCGAUUUUUUAAACCUUGCCUAUCACGCUUAUUGGAUCAAUGUUCCUAAUUCGAUUCAACAAGAUGAGAAGAGGUUGUAUGGCAAUGCUUUUCAGAAUGGAUAUAUGUACACGGGGAGACAUUCCGUUGCUACACUCAGCUCUUUGUUUGAUUCCGAGUUAGCUCAAUUAGUUGACUAGGAGACCCUAAGGGAGAGACCAUGUAUGGACCAUGCGGACUGUCUAAUGGCACGGUAGUUUUAGCCAAAGGCACUUAAAUUUAUAUAGGUAUUAUACUAUGGAACAAGUAUUCAUAAAACUAGCCCGGGUUGGGAAUAACCAAUGUGGAUUACCAUGCCUUCAGCCAAAACUACCGUGCCUUUAAAGAAUCUGGGACCAUGUAAUGCCAUAAUGUAAAUAAGCUCCACCAUCUAUUUAUUGGAAAAGGUCGGUUUCAGUGUUAUAAAAUUAUCAAUAUUUUGAUAGAAUAUUAUGGUAAAAAAUGGCCCCGAAACUUAGCGGGAACUGGACAAAGUGAAAUCGCGGCCCGGGCAUGACGAGGGUACCUAGGCCCUUAUCUACUAAACAAUGUGAACUUUAAAGAUGAAAGCUAGGUAAUAAAAUGGAAGGCUAUACCUUAACUGAUAUGUGUAUAUAAUAAAAGCUAAAAACGGGAAAGGAAAUUCCAAUCACA